AGCAUCGUUGACGUCUCCCCCCACCUCCACUGCCGUCAUGUCUAAGUCAGAGUCACCCAAAGAGCCCAAACAGCUGCGGAAGCUCUUCAUCGGAGGUUUGAGCUUUGAAACAACCGAUGAGAGUCUGAGGAGCCAUUUUGAGCAGUGGGGAACGCUCACAGAUUGUGUGGUAAUGAGGGAUCCAAACACCAAGCGCUCCAGAGGCUUCGGGUUUGUCACAUAUGCCAUUGCAGAGGAGGUGGAUAUGGCCAUGAAUGCAAGGCCACACAAGGUGGAUGGAAGAGUUGUGGAACCAAAGAGGGCUGUCUCAAGAGAAGAUUCUCAAAGACCUGGUGCCCACUUAACUGUGAAAAAGAUUUUUGUUGGUGGCAUAGACACUGAAGAACAUCACCUAAGAGAUUAUUUUGAACAGUACGGGAAAAUUGAAGUGAUUGAAAUCAAGACUGAUCGAGGCAGUGGCAAAAAGAGAGGCUUUGCUUUCGUAAGCUUUGAUGACCAUGACUCUGUAGACAAGAUUGUCAUUCAGAAAUACCACACUGUGAAUGGCCACAACUGUGAAGUAAGGAAAGCCCUACCAAAGCAAGAGAUGCCUAGUGCCUCAUCCAGCCAAAGAGGUCGAAGUGGUUCUGGAAACUUUGGUGGUGGUCGGGGAGGUGGUUUUGGUGGGAAUGACAACUUUGGUCGUGGAGGAAACUUCAGUGGUCGAGGAAGCAAUUUUGGAGGUGGUGGAAGCUACAAUGAUUUUGGCAGUUACAACAAUCAAUCUUCAAAUUUUGGACCCAUGAAAGGAGGAAACUUUGGAGGCAGAAGUUCUGGCCUUUAUGGUGGUGGAGGCCAGUACUUUGCCAAACCACAAAAUCAAGGUGGCUAUGGCGGUUCCAGCAGCAGCAAUAGCUAUGGCAGUGGCAGAAGGUUUUGAUUACUGCCAGGAAACAAAGCUUAGCAGGAGAAGAGAGCCAGAGAAGUGACAGGGAAGCUACAGGUUACAACAGAUUUGUGAACUCAGCCAAGCACAGUGGUGGCAGGGCCUAGCUGCUACAAAGAAGACAUGUUUUAGACAAUACUCAUGUGUAUGGGCAAAAAAACUCGAGGACUGUAUUUGUGACUAACUGUAUAACAGGUUAUUUUAGUUUCUGUUCUGUGGAAAGUGUAAAGCAUUCCAACAAAGAGUUUUAAUGUAGAUUUUUUUUUUUUUUUGCACCCAUGCUGUUGAUUGCUAAAUGUAAUAGUCUGAUCAUGAU